GGCAUGGGGUGCCCGGGGCAGGGUGCCCGGUGUGCGGUACACUGAGCUGGACACCAGACGGCAGUGAGACUGGCCGUGUCACACAGGCCACGCUGCAUGAGAGGGAUGUACUGCACUGGAUGCUGCGUGAGAUGCCAGGCUGUACUGGAUGGGACUGCAGGACACUGGGCUGCCGGAGGCACAGAGGGGAUGUACAGGCUGCCCACCAUCCACAGGGCAGGCAUGGAUAAUGGAUAGGGAACACCUGGCACUGUCCCCUCAGGCAGUGGUGAGAGGAAGGGAACUGGGUCUCCUUACAGCCUAUGCCUCUCCUGCAGCUCUCACUCUGUGAGCAGGCCAUGGCUAGACAGCCUGAACAGCACCCUAGGAUCCUUCCCCCGGACCUGCUGCAGGGUCUCCAGCUGUCUCAUCAGUUUUUCUUCCCCUGAAGCGGGGCCAGCCUUCCCCAGUCCCAGGUAGAGCAGGGACCUUAUACUAUCCUUCCUGCUUCAUGUCCCCAGGACCUUGCAAUCACCAGACUGUCAUGGAGAUGCCAUAACCAUUCUCCCCUCAGCUUGCCCUUUCCAAGGCCCCCAUCCUCAAAUUUUGGCUGCCCUGGGGACUGCCACCUGCAAAGUGUCUCCUCCAUGCCAGAGCCUUACAGGGCUCUGAUCCCCACCAGGUCCUUGCCCAGAUUUCCCUGCUGUGCACAACUGCUGUCACUUCCCACUAGCUCCCCAGAAGCCCUAGACCUUCAGCUCCUCCACCAUGGGGGCACCCAACAUCAGCAGCUCACCCGAGGUACACCUUACAUCCCCCCCAGCUUAGGUUCCUGGGAGGCCCACGGCCUCCCCAGCCCCACGCACCCUCUGCUCCCGACAGCAUCCCCCACACACACCCCCUUGCCCGGGCACCAGCCCCCCCCCAGACCACACUGUCCUUGCAGUCCUCGCAUUCCAGACGUCUCAGCGCUUUCACAGCCCAGAGAUAAUAUUCACGGCGAGCAGACGUUUGCGUCAGUGUCAGAUAGAUCUCAAUGCCACCCUGCCCCGGGGGGAGCGCAGUGGGCAGACGGGCUGGGCAGGCAGGCAGAAGCCCACGGCAGAGCCCCCCGAGCCACCACCCUGCUGUGUGCCCCACGGUCAUGCUGCUGCUCCUGCACCUGCUGCCUGCCAUGCUGCCCAGCGCCGCCCUGGCCAGCUGCACCGCGGCGGGUGCCGACCGGCAGCUCAUCCUGGCCAAGGUGAGGGCCCGGGUGCUGGAACAUCUGAGUCCCCCCCUUCUCCAGGAGGAGCCACAGAUGGAAGCGAGGAGGGUACACCGGAGAGACGUCCUUGAAAACGCCGAAGUGGAGCCAGAGGAGCUGGAGGACACCUCCCAGGUGAUCUUAUUCCCUGCCACAGAUGUUCCCUGUGAGCCCACACAGCCAGACAAGCUGCUGGAGGAAGAAGGGAUUUUCACCUACCUCUUCCAGCCCUCGGCACACACCCUGAACCGUGUGGUGACUUCUGCCCAGCUCUGGUUUUACACUGGCCCCUCAGCUGCCCCCAACCACUCAACCCCUGAUGUGCUGACCCUGUCACCUCAGGGCCGGGUUCCGGUGACGGCCAUGGCAGAGCGGACACCGGAGCACUGGACAGUAUUUCACUUGGCCCCGGUGCUGCUGCCCCAGCUCUCCCAGCCGCUCUUCGUGCUCCUGGUGCGCUGCCCUGGCUGCCCCUGCCUGGCUGAGGGGGACAAGAUGCCCUUCCUGGUGGCUACCACCCGGGCCAAGGGCAGUGAGAGGGCUCGUCGCUCUGCCAUGCCCUGGUCCCCAGCCGCCCUGAGCCUGCUGCAGCGUCCAUCCGAGGAGCUAGCUGCCCACACCAACUGUCGCCGGGCUUCCCUCAACAUCUCCUUCGAGGAGCUGGGCUGGGACAAGUGGAUUGUGCAUCCCAGCAGCUUUGUUUUCCACUACUGCCAUGGGAGCUGCGCUGCAGGCCACGGGCUGAGCCACCGGCUGGGUGUGCAGCUCUGCUGCGCUGCCCUGCCCGGCACCAUGCGCUCCCUGCGCGUCCGCACCACCUCCGACGGCGGCUACUCCUUCAAGUACGAGACGGUGCCCAACAUCCUGGCCCAGGACUGCACCUGUGUCUAGGGCAUGCUGCAGCCCAGCCCCGGACCGUGAUCCCACCCAGGAGGAGUUGCUUUCCCGGUGGAACCCUGGCCACUGGGACGGGGCAGUUUGGCUGUACCACCCUCCCCUGCACAAGCCAGAUUUUUGGGCAGGCCCAGGUACCAUCACACUGCUAGACUUGCCCUAAGGCCAGUCCCAGCUCAGAGCAAAUCAGAGCAUGGUGGGGCAAGGAUAGGCACAGCCUAUGGCAAAAGCAUCACUGCCCUGCCAGCCUGGUGUCGGCAACCAGAUUAGCCCUCAUUUCCCCCACCUGCUUCCCUCCUGCAAUUCUGCACACAAAGACUGGUGUCCUGCUCCUGCUGCAGAGUCCAACAGCUUCCCCUGUGUUCCAGGCAGGGCCAGGCUGCUGCAACAGAAUCAGGAUGUGCCUGAGUGAGCCCAUGCCAGAACCUCACACUGGUGGCAGGGUUGGCAGCACAUGUGGCACCACAAGUGAGCCCUCUCCCAGCAGCACAGCUUAUUGGAAAGCUUAAUGGGAUGAGUGAAAUAAACCUGUUCCCUUUACUAAAGCA